AUGCAAAAUUCAAGUUCACAUAUCACUGCUUCAGUAACAAGCCCAGACACCACCUGCCCUAUUAAACCAAUUAUUCAGACGGAACGCACUGCAAACAGAUGGGGGAGAAAUGUAAUCCAUCGACGGCUCUUGUGCCCAGUUUGCACGAAUGUUUCAUUCACUCAAUACAAACAUUUCUCAUACCAUCUUCAGAUUAAACAUGAGUGCCAUUGCUGCCUGUGCUAUGUGGACGAUAUUGACUUGCACUUAUGUUCGCCUGUCCAAACUGGUUCUGGAGCAAAUCAGCAGCCACAACUCAACAUUAAGUAUUUCAGCCUGGUUGAGAGUGUGUUCAGAGGAAUUAUUCUCACUUAUAGAUGCAAAUUUGAUGAUGUGGUGCUGGGAUCAAUUUCCGAGACAUUUGAGUACACUUAUGAUGAACUGGAAAGUAUCCUCACGUAUGCAUUGCAUCUCCAUAAGAACAUAAGGGUUUCUGUUUCAUUGGACGUCACAUUGGAACAUGUUAUUAAAAAAACUGAAAAAGAUGUUUCUCUAUUCACCCCAUUCAAUCGUUUGUUCAAUUCCAACUAUAUUUUGGAAACAAUGCGAGCAUGUGCUGACUAUAUAGGAACAAGUUUAGAGUUAUACUGUGACGGCGAAAGUGGAUAUUCACUUGUAUCUAUCAAUUCAUUAGAAGUUAAGUUAGGCAAAUACAAAACUGGCAUCGCAAAGGGCUAUAUUCGUCUGCCUAAGCAGCUCAGUGCAAGACACUUUUUGAACAUCAGAUCUCCAGACCCAGAAGACGCUUUAUGUUUUGUCAGAUGUGUUACCGCUGGGCUAUGCAGAAGAAGAAUAUGCUUGCCGGAUGAGCCAAAUAAACAAUGGGAUGACCUAAACAAAAAUGAAAAGAGACGCCUCAAACGGCUAUGGGAAAAGUCUUCCUUAUAUGAACAUUUAAUUCAAGAAUUCAGCGAAACAAAUGAAAUAAAUUUCUCUGGCUGUUAUAACGGUGUCGACCUGGAUUCAGUGUCGCAUUUUUUGGAUAAUAAUCCUUCCAUUUCAUUGACAAUUUUUGGGAAUGAUGGGAAAUCACUUUAUCCUAUUCGUCCAGCUGCAGAAAUUAAAUCACGUCACUGCGAUUUAUUAUUGCUCAAGCAGCCUAUACUUCAGCAUGACAAGCCAAUGCCUACAUCUUUUCUUGACGUUCAAUAUCGGUAUCAUUAUUGCUUGAUUAUGACGUUGCCAAUCUCGUAUGAGUCAGCGGGCAGACACCACAGGAAACAAGUUUGCCAGUUUUGCUUCGGGACGUAUCGCAAUCUUGCUCGUCAUCACGAGGUUUGCAUGCAAAAAGACGGAGUGAGAAAAGUUACAUUCCCUAAAGAGGAUUACUUUUCUUUUAAGCAUUUCAAUAGUUAUGAGGAGAUUCCCUUUAAAAUUUACUUCAAAUUCCAUUACUGUCAAUCUCCCGAAAACGACACGAGAAGCAAUUAUCCCGGAGAAUUUUUUUAUACGAGCAUACAUGGUAAUUUAGAAGUUUGCGGAUACAGUCUGUGUGUAGUUGGUGCUGUGAAUAAAAUGAAAAAUCAACUACUUUCCACUCAUUCAUUUUUUGGAAACAAUGCAAUUGAAUUAUUUUUGAAGCAAAUAUUCGAAUUAACCGAACAAAUUAGGGAUCAAGUGUUUUUUUCAUUUGAAAUGCCCAAUCAUUAUGACACCUCUACAACAACUGGAGCAUAAAUUGAGUACACAUUGCCGAUUAUGUACUGCUGAGUUUUCGGUGGAAUCUCCAAAAGUAGCCGAUCAUGACAAAAUUACUGGGGAAUUUAGAGACUCUUUGUGCCAAACCUGUAAUUCUCUCGUCAGAAUUAAACCCACACCAAUUGUUGUCGGGCACGGAGUUGCGGAAAGAGAAUUGCACAACAUACUUACAAGCUUAAAAGGCGAAUGGGUCUCCAAGGCCAAAAUAAUAAUGAAAACUGGCAAUGAGAUCCUAUUAUUAGAGAUAAUGGGAGUUAGAUUUGUAGAUUUCCAGUUUUUUCUCGACGCCCCCAUUGAACAAAUUAUUACCAGGUACAUUGGAGCAAACACAGUAGAUACAUGGGCGACAAGAUGUCCGCUAUUAUACGAAUGGUACAAGGAAAAACAAGAAUAUGUGCACAAAUUAAUUCCCUGCCUUGCAUACCCUGCAGCAUUUUACACUGGGCCAGCGAGCAUGGAAUAUAAUGAGUUCCCUCACCAAGAUCUUAUCGGAUUGCCAGACACAGAAGAAAAACUAUCCAAGUCAAGAGACGCAUUCAGCUUGUUUGACUGCAAAAAUUUUCGUGAUUAUGCUACACUAUACGGAACAUCACAAGUAUUGCUAUUAGCUGAUGUUGUAACUAACUUUUUAAAGUUUACUAUGGAGAAAUUCGAGCUCUGUUUUUUGCAUUACGUUACAUUAUCCAGUUAUGCUUGGGAUAUCUGCAGAAAAAUAUUUAAAAAUAUUUAACGGCUUCCAGUUCAUCAAAGAUAAAGAAAUGAUUGAAUUUCUCGACUUUGUGGGGGGGCCGUGCGGAAGUGUGUGUAGACUUUUGGAGGCAAAAAAUGAAAAGCUAAAUACAUUUACGACAGACAAGGAACGGUCCCACAUAUUAGUGGUGGAAUAUUAUUCGAAAUAGCAAAAUUCCCCACUCUGAAUUCGAGUGGGUGGAGGAUUUAUCGAGUAUAAAUAUUGACAACUACGACGAAAAUUCUGACACAGGCUACAUCAUUUCUGCUAAUUUAGAUUAUCCGCGGGACGUAGCACUAAGAACAUUAAAUUUGCCAUUGAUGCCUUACCAUCGUAGCGUGAGUUUGCAAGAAUUGACGGAUAAGGAAAAAAAGGCAUGGGUUGAGAUGCAAGGGACUGGGAAUUCACGAGGAGUAGAAUCCAGGAUCAUACUAGAUGUACACAAUAAGACUGAUUACAAAUGCGAAAUUGCAACAUUAAAAUAUUACAAAUCAAGAGGAAUCGUUAUUCGUAAAAUUAAUAAGGCAAUCAAGUACAAGCAGACAAAUUGGUUAGGUGAAUUUUACGAGUUGGUGUCCUUGCUCCGGAGAGAAGCAAAGUUAUCAGGCGAUGAAAUUGGGUAUAUGUUUCUUAAGCAUAUCCACAAUCGAAUAUUUGGUUACCUAAUGCUUUCCUCCGAAAAGUACGUUGAUGUCCACAUUGCAUGUACGUCCGACGAAGCAAUUAAAUAUAUGUCGAAGCACAAUUUCAUGUCUUACCAAAUACUGAACCAAAACGAAGAGAUUGUCAUGUUCUCGAUGCGAAGAAAUACAGUUCACUAUAACAAGAACCCUGCUGCUGCUUCUUUUGUCCUUCACAGGUUUUUUAUACUUCAUUCAUUGCAUUGAAAAUUUAGAAAAUAAAUAGGAGUAAUUUACUAUAGGGCAAAGCGCUCACUGUAUUCGUUUAUGGAGAUGCUGGAAUCCAAACUUGGCCCAGGGUUGAAAGUUAGCUUUUAUGACACUGAAGCCAUAGCAUGCCAGGGUCCAGACCCACAUAAUAAUUUUUAUGAGCGACUGAAGACCAUUCCAAACUUGGACUACUCCGAAUUAAACCCCUUUCAUGUUCUAUAUGAAAGCUCCCAUGCAGGUGAAGGAGGAUACUGGAAGGUCCAAACGUUAGAGGCAGUGGAAAUUGUCGUAAGUUUCGAAAAAAACAUAAGGACGUUUGUAUAGUAAUUUUUGUACGUAGUCACUGCGAGGAAAGUGUUAUUCCGUCAAGGAAUUCUGUUCGGUCUGCAAUAGUUCUGGAGACCGUAACUGCAUCUGCUCCGGUCGGAAGGCCUGCUCAGGAUUUCCAGAUGCAAAACACAGAUUGACCCACGAGAUGUACAAAGAAUCGUUAUUUAAGAACCAACCACACUAUGUGGAUGUUAACCUUCUGCAGGCAAAAGAUCAUAAAUUGAAGAUUGUAAAAAAACGCUUCACUGCUUUUGGUUCUGUAAAUAGCAGUCGAAUAAUACUUGGGGAUGGCAUAAAUACUCUCCCAUUUGGUGCGGGUUGGCUGCGUCCUAUUCCUGAUCUAAUUCCAAUAAAAACUGAAUAAUCUAAAAUUAAUUUUAGAAAGUUUUUUUUAAAGUCCAAUUCAUGUUAAAGAUAUUUCUGAGAAACCGGUUAAAAGAGCUGCAAUAUAUUACUUUCCGUCAUUAUAUUUCCAACCUUUGAGGAGUUUUCAUGUCAUUCAUUCAUGGAAAAUAUCAAAUUAAAGUAACAACGAAAAUUUCAACCCACUUUGUUAGUAUAAGAGGAUGAAGAAAGUCAAUUGCGUAAAUUCGAAGUGCGAGUUGGAAUCCAAGAUGGCUACAAUGGGAGGAGGGCGACUACGUAUCCAAGGCGAAACAUAUAUUCCACUCCCAGAAAGUACUUCAAAGAAACCCAAAGUAGUAAAAGCGAUAAAACAAGGUGGUGGUGGCUCCUCCACAACCAGAUCAGCACCGAGUGCACCUAAACGAAAAGUAUCUCCCAAGAAAGCUGUGGCAUCUCCCAAGAAAUCGAUCAAAAGAAAAUAAACCAAGUAAAGCAAAUAACUAAAAAAAGUAAUAAAGAAAUACAACGGGUUAACCCUCUGAAUGUGAGUUUGUCAAAAUUUGGUGAAAGAUAAUGAGUUGUGCUAAUUAUUUUGUUGUUCUAGGAAUCAUCAAAUUGCCCUGAUCUGCGGAUUCGAGGUCCGUAAAUGCUAUACAAUUCAUGUAACUUUUUAACAUUUUGGUUUAAUUAUUAAAGAAAUUCAUGGUAUCGUUAACAUUUUGGUUUUAAUUGUUAAACAAACCCAUGUCAUCGUUAAAAUUUUUUAAAAUGAAUAAAAUUAGGUCAAUUUUGUUGAAAUUGGGCCAAAUUUGUUUAAAAUUUAAUAACUAAGUUAAACAAGUUCAUAUAAUGUUUAGCAUCUUACAAUGAAUAAAAUUUGGUUUUGGGAAAAUAUAAACAGUCUGUUUCUUCCUUUUUCAUUCAUAAAUGGAUGAAAUGAAUCCAUGGCUUUCCUUCACAAACCACAUCAUUAAACACAUACAAACAAAACCAGGAGCAUCAUUACUUUCACACACACACACUACGAGCUUCUAAUACUGGUGAAAUGGAGUCAGUCUGUUUUCGCACUGAGUGAGUGAGUGAUCUAAAUAACACCGUGGUUAUUAUACAUUUUCCAGCCAAGAACAUGAGGAAUCUUCAACUUGCCCCUGAUUUACGGAUUCAAUGUCGCCUUCAGUAAUUGCUAUUCAACAAGUUCGUGUAAUCUCAUUUUGGUUUAAAUUGAAUUUUUAACAUGUUUAAGUUGAAUAAAAUAUUGGUCAAUGUUAAACAAAUGUGGUUAAAAUUUAGCAAUUAAGUUAAACAA